CAGCUCUCAGCCUCCAGACGCCGACAAAUAAUCUGUCCUCUUGCCGAACACCACACCCAUCCCACAAUCCACCGAGAGUGAUGCGCCUGGCCGCAUCCAACUCACCCGCACACCACCGCCCCGAGUGCUGCACACCUCACCGGCUUUGACAGCGGCUGUGCACCACCAGCGCGGUGAGGAGGAGGACAUUCGACCGCUGUGGAGAGAAGGGGGAGGCCAGCGGUGGAAGCAGCAGGAGCGCCGCGACGACGACCACUACUACUACUUAAUUUUAUUCCUCCCACGACCCCACCGCCACCAUGUCUCACGAAUAUGCUGUCGGGACACGCUGCUGGCAGCCUGAUGCCGCCGACGGCUGGGUUGCCAGCACCGUAAAGAGCAAGAACGUCGAUGGGGACAAAGUCACACUGGUCUUCACCUUCGACGAGCGAGAUGGCCAGCCGACGCCUGAGGACAAAACCAUCGAGACCACCAUAGACGAGCUAAACAAAGAUGCUCUGAGCUCGACCCUCCCACCGCUGAUGAACCCGGCCAUGCUCGAGGCCAGCGACGAUCUCACGAAUCUCUCACAUCUGAACGAACCUGCCGUGUUGCAGGCCAUCAAGCUGCGAUAUGCGCAAAAGGAGAUCUACACCUAUUCUGGUAUUGUCCUCAUCGCUACGAAUCCCUUUGCUCGAGUCGACUCGCUCUACGUGCCGGGCAUGGUGCAAGUCUACGCCGGCAAGCACCGAGCCUCGCAGGCGCCGCAUCUGUUCGCCAUAGCAGAAGAGUCUUUUGCGGACAUGCUUCGCAAUGAGAAGAACCAGACCAUUGUGGUUUCGGGAGAGUCGGGAGCUGGUAAAACGGUCAGUGCCAAAUACAUCAUGCGAUAUUUUGCUACACGAGAACCUCCCGACCAGCCUGGCACUCGCAGCCGCGGCCGAGCCGAUACGAUGAGUGAAACGGAAGAGCAAAUUCUUGCUACGAACCCUAUCAUGGAAGCCUUUGGUAACGCGAAGACGACCCGAAACGACAACUCCUCGCGUUUCGGUAAGUACAUUGAGAUCAUGUUUAACAAGAGCACCGACAUUAUUGGCGCGCGGAUACGAACCUACCUCCUCGAGCGAUCACGAUUGGUUUUCCAACCGCUUAAGGAGCGGAAUUACCACAUCUUCUACCAACUCGUUGCUGGAGCGACAGAGGAAGAGCGGGAACAGCUGGGCCUGGUGCCUGUAGAGCACUUCGACUACUUGAACCAGGGUGCCGCACCACAAAUUGAUGGCGUGGACGAUGCAAAGGACUUCAAGGAGACCCGGCAAUCGCUCGACCGGCUGGGUGUCUCGCUGGAGGUGCAGGGUGGUCUGUGGAAGCUGCUGGCUGCGCUGCUGCACAUUGGUAAUAUUAAGAUUACUGCCACAAGGACGGAUUCGCAGCUAGCUUCCUCUGAACCAUCGCUGGCAAAGGCGUGUCAGCUGCUCGGUAUCAAUGCCGACGAGUUCGCCAAAUGGACGAUCAAGAAACAGCUCGUCACACGAGGCGAGAAGAUCAUGUCCAACUUGACUGCACAGCAAGCUACGGUCGUACGAGACUCUGUGGCCAAAUACAUCUACUCCUCGCUUUUCGACUGGCUUGUCGAGACUAUGAAUGCUUUCCUGGCCCCUGAGGAAGUCGUCAAGGAAGUGACCUCCUUCAUUGGUGUCCUGGAUAUCUACGGUUUCGAGCACUUCGCCAAGAACAGCUUCGAACAGUUCUGUAUCAAUUACGCCAACGAGAAGCUGCAGCAAGAGUUCAACCAGCACGUCUUUAAGCUGGAGCAGGAAGAAUAUCUGCGAGAGCAAAUUGACUGGAAGUUCAUCGACUUCAGUGACAACCAGCCAUGUAUCGACCUGAUCGAAGGCAAGUUGGGUAUCCUGGCUCUGUUGGACGAAGAAAGUAGGUUGCCUAUGGGGUCCGACGAAUCUUUUGUCAACAAGCUGCAUCACAACUUCUCCCAGGACAAGCACAAGUUCUACAAGAAGCCCAGAUUCGGCAAGAGUGCAUUCACUGUUUGUCAUUACGCCAUUGAUGUGACGUACGAGAGCGAUGGUUUUAUCGAGAAGAACAGAGAUACUGUUCCAGAUGAGCACCUCGAAGUGCUGCGCAGCAGCUCAAACACAUUCUUGGUCGAGGUUCUCGAAUCAAGUGCGGCGGUGCGAGAACGAGAAACAGCUGCUGUUGCUCCAGGCAAGGCGAAUGGUGCUGUAGGCGCUCGAAAGGGCGCAGCAGCAGCAAGAAAGCCAACGCUUGGCGGCAUCUUCAAGAGUUCGCUGAUUCAGCUGAUGGAGACCAUCAAUAACACUGAGGUCCAUUACAUCAGAUGUAUCAAGCCCAACGAGGCGAAGGAAGCAUGGAAGUUCGAGGGACCUAUGGUUCUGAGUCAACUUCGUGCUUGUGGUGUUCUCGAGACUGUCCGCAUCAGCUGUGCUGGUUACCCGACCCGAUGGACCUACGAGGAGUUUGCGCUGCGCUACUACAUGUUGAUCCCAUCUGCGCAAUGGACGACGGAAAUCCGAGACAUGGCCAACGCCAUUCUCCGGAAGGCACUGGGCGCUGCAAACAAUGACAAGACUGACAAAUACCAGCUGGGUCUGACCAAGAUCUUCUUCCGUGCUGGUAUGCUUGCUUUCUUGGAGAACCUGCGCACAAACAGAUUGAAUGCGGCCGCAAUCAUGAUUCAAAAGAAUCUGCGCGCGAAAUAUUAUCGGCGUCGGUAUCUUGAGUCCAUCGACAGCAUCAAGGCCUUUCAGGCCCGAGCACGAGCAAAUCUGGCACGGAGAAAAGUCGAAGAGAUCCGGCGCAACCACAGCGCGACCACGAUCCAGCGGGUUUGGAGAGGGCAAAAGGUACGCAAACAGUACCUACAGCAGCGCAACAAUCUCAUCCGCUUCGAAGCGGCGGCAAAGGGUUGGUUAUGCCGAAAGAUGAUUCUGGACAAGAAGUUUUCGGAUGCAGCAAUCAUCAUUCAGCGAAACUGGAGAAGCUACAAACAGCUCAAAGGCUGGCGCGACUACCGCCGGAAAGUUACCCUCGUGCAGAGUUUGUGGCGCGGCAAGACAGCACGCAAGACAUACAAAGGCCUGCGAGAGGAAGCCAGAGAUCUCAAGCAGAUCUCCUACAAGCUCGAGAACAAGGUGGUCGAGCUCACUCAGAACUUGGGCACGAUGCGAAAAGAGAACAAGGUCCUCAAGGGCCAAGUCGAGAGCUUGGAAGGCCAGGUCAAGAGCUCGAGAGAAAAGUACAAUGCUCUGGAACACCGGACGAACGAUUUGCAGCGAGAGGCCAACCAGGCCGGUAUCACAUCCGCCAAGCUGGAACAGAUGGAGGCAGACAUGGCUCGCCUGCAGACCAGCUACGAAGAGAGCACAGCGAACAUGCGUCGCUUGCAAGAAGAGGAGAAGAGCCUCCGCGAGAACCUGCGUGUCACCACUCUCGAGCUCGAAUCAGCCCGAGCAGCCAAGACUGCCAGCGAGAGCGAGAAGAUCGGCCUGCGUCAACAACUCACAGACCUGCAAGAUCAGCUCGAACUCGCCAAAAGGGCGGUGCCCGUCAGCAACGGCGAGCUCACCAACGGCGCUGCUGCCGGCGCUGCGCCUGGUCUCAUCAAUCUCGUCGCCUCGAAGAAGCCGAAGAGGAGAAGUGCCGGUCCUGAGACGAUACAGACCGACCGUUUCAGUGGCGCUUAUAAUCCGCGGCCAGUCUCGAUGGCGUUUGGUGCGACGGCUAGUGGGCAUACACAAAACCUUUCUGGCUCCACGUUCAACCCUGGGUUGGAGAACGUGGAGAUGGAGCUGGAGAACUUGCUUGCAGAUGAAGAUGGACUCAAUGACGAGGUUACGAUGGGUCUCAUCAGAAACCUGAAGAUCCCAGCACCUGGCAGCAGCCCACCUCCAACAGACAAGGAAGUGCUCUUCCCCGCAUACCUCAUCAACUUGGUCACCAGCGAGAUGUGGAACAAUGGCUUCGUGAAAGAGUCUGAGCGGUUCUUGGCGAAUGUCAUGCAGUCCAUUCAGCAAGAAGUCAUGCAACAUGACGGUGACGAGGCUAUCAACCCUGGUGCUUUCUGGCUGUCCAACGUGCACGAGAUGCUGUCCUUUGUCUUCCUGGCAGAGGACUGGUAUGAGGCACAGAAGACCGACAACUUCGAGUACGACCGUCUUCUGGAGAUCGUCAAGCACGAUCUUGAGAGCUUGGAGUUCAACAUCUACCACACUUGGAUGAAGGUCUUGAAGAAGAAGCUCCACAAGAUGAUCGUGCCUGCCAUUAUUGAAUCGCAAUCGCUGCCCGGCUUCGUUACUAACGAGAACAACCGCUUCCUCGGCAAGCUGUUGCAGUCCUCGAACACCCCAGCUUACAGCAUGGAUAACCUGCUGAGCCUGCUGAACAACGUGUUCAAGGCUAUGAAGGCAUUCUACCUGGAGGACAGCAUCAUCACACAGACAGUCACGGAACUGCUCCGACUUGUUGGUGUCACCGCCUUCAACGACUUGCUCAUGAGGAGAAAUUUCCUGUCUUGGAAGCGUGGUCUGCAGAUCAACUACAACAUCACCAGGAUCGAAGAAUGGUGUAAGAGCCAUGACAUGCCUGAGGGUACUCUCCAGCUUGAGCACUUGAUGCAAGCUACGAAGCUUUUGCAGCUCAAGAAGGCUACCCUGAAUGAUAUUGAGAUCAUUCAGGAUAUUUGCUGGAUGCUCUCACCCAACCAGAUUCAGAAACUCCUCAAUCAAUACCUCGUCGCCGAUUACGAGCAACCAAUCAACGGCGAGAUCAUGAAGGCCGUCGCCUCCCGAGUCACCGACCCGAAGUCCGACGUCCUUCUCCUCCAAGCCGUCGACAUGGAAGACUCGGGCCCCUACGAAAUCGCCGAACCUCGCGUUAUCACCGCGCUCGAAACGUACACGCCUAGUUGGCUACAGACACCGCGCCUGAAACGCUUGGCGGAGAUUGUGUCGGCGCAAGCUGUUAUGCAGCAGCAAAUGGAUGCCAACGGAAUGGGGAAGGUGAUCGAGGAGGAUGGCAUGGAUUUGCAUGAUGGGCAGUGGCCUGUGCCGAAUGGGCAUUUGGGUAAUGGGCAUGGGAUGAAUGGGGUCGAUAAGCAUGGGCAUAGUGCCACGGGCUUGGGAGUGCAGUAUGAUCAGGAUGGAUUGAGUGAUGAUGCGGAUUACAGGUAGAAUCUGGAUUCGAUGAGCGAUCAUCAUCAGCUGCUGCAACAUGGGGAGGAAGACGAUGAAUUGGAGCUUGGAGUACAUGGCUUGAGCUCUGUGGGAAGGGCAAUCAGAAAGUUGCGAAGUGGAGGUGGAGGCGCAAGGAGUGGAAGUGGGUCGCUCGGUCCUGGCGGCGCCAUGUAUUGAGUAUUUGAGUAUCUGUUGGUGUUGCUGUGGAGCGUUCACACUGCUGCUGCGACCUACUUACUGUACCUUGGUAGAUCGGAUCCUGUUCUGUACUUUUUGGUAGAGCAAGAGCAAGGCCGAGUAAAGUACUGCCUCUUGGGAAAGGAGAGGUACUGAAACUGAAUGGAAAGGCGAACC